AUGUCAGAGAGAAAAAUGCAGCUAGAAGACUGGCUGGACGACCUUUGCGUCCGAUUCAUAAUAAAUAUUCCUGCGGCUGAUCUAUCACACGUUCCACGAAUAUGUUUUCAAGUUGAGGAAGCGCAAUGGUACUACGAAGAUUUUAUUCGGCCCCUCGACCCAAGCCUACCAUCGAUGACCCUUCGUAACUUUUGUCUAAAGAUAUUUCUACAUUGCCCUUUACUCUCAAACUUUUCAGAAAGUAUACAUAUGCGAGCUUUUGAGGAGUUUCUUUUAUACAAGACCCGAGUUCCAGUCAGAGGUGUGAUAUUGUUGAAUGCGGACAUGGAUUCGGUUGUUCUUGUUAAAGGUUGGAAGAAGGGUGCAAAUUGGAGUUUUCCGCGGGGGAAGAUAAACAAAGAUGAAGACGACCUUACAUGCGCUAUCCGAGAGGCAUACGAGGAGACUGGUUAUGACCUUGAAGGCUCAGGGCUUGUGGCUAAGGAUCGAAGUCUUGUCAAGGGCAUCGAUGUUACUGGGCAUGGUCAGCAGAUCAGAUUAUAUGUCUUCAGAAAUGUUCCUAUGGAUACCCGCUUCGAAGCACAAACUCGGAAAGAGAUCACCUAUAGGAAGAAAGGCCAGCAACAACAUCAACCCGAGGCUGCUGCCAAUGCCAACAAAUUUUAUAUGGUAGCUCCUUUCCUACCUCCAUUAAAGAAGUGGAUUCUGGACCAGAAGAGAAAGGAUGUGAAGAUAGCAACAGAUAAUCAGCAUUUUGAAGCUACAGGUAAUAUCAGCCACGAUGAGGGUAUCACUGAGGAUGAUCAAGCAAUUGAGCCAAGCAUAAACUAUAAUGCAUCCGCCUCACACGAUGCAGAACGAACUAGGCGAAAUGCUGCUGACCUUGCUCUUUCUGUAAUAAUGCAAGUGCAGCCGCCGAAUCAGGGAUUGCAGCCCAGUGCCAUCAAUCCGACUCAAUCACAAGCUUCGCACAGCUCGGGGCAGCAACUGCUUGCUCUUUUACAUAGCAAACCUCCAGUGGACCAACCACAUUCAACACAACCACCUCCCCAAACACCGCUAGAUCAUACCAUCACACAACCACCUUUUCCCGAAACGCCUCAUCAUCAAGUACCUAACUCUUCACAUAUCUCGAAUCAACCACCACCUACUUUUCCACUACAACAGCACCAAGGCCAACACCCAAUGCAGACUUAUCCUUACCAGCAGCCUGAUUUCCAAGUCCGUCACGAUCAAAGGUCUAUUCCCAAUAUGCAAUAUCGUCAUCAAGUACCGUUGCAAAUGCCACACCAAAUGCCACGACAUAUACCGCAACAUAUACCGCAACAAAUACCGCAACAGAUUCCACAACAGCGAGAACGUCAUCCAUAUCAACCUCCUCUAAUUCACCCCCAACCACUACCUCCCAACGCCCAGAAAGUAUUGUUUACGGGAGGCCCAGUACAUUCCACAAUGGUUCCACAGCAUGUUCAGCAACAACCUUCGCAUUCCAAUUUUACGACCUCCGGCUCAAUGCAUCCCCCUCAAUUUCCUAAUGUACAUGCCACCAUGGUUCCACCUCAACCAAAGGAACCACCUGCUGCACUCACUGGCCAUUCAUUGUUACUUCUUAACACUUUCAAGACUCGCGAUCAAACAAAUGGAAAUGUCACUUCCAGUGGCAUGUCUUCCCAAGUACCAGCUCAAUCAGAUGUAAGCCCUGCGAUACGUGAAGCUCAAGAGCUUCCGGGAGAAAGUUCUCGGCCUAUAUCUGUUACCGCUCCUGCUAAGUCAAAGUACAUACCAGCUCUCAAUGCAGGUAUUCCAAGUACCGGCAGUAACAAUCAAACGGCUCGCCCACCUAUCAGUGAGCAUCAACGAUCCAUGUUACUGGGUAUGUUCAAAAGCCCUGCAGCUCAAACUGCAACUUUAGCUGCAGCACCAGUCGCUGUGGCCUUGCCAACAUCCAGAUCACCUUCUGCGGUAGAGUUGAGCGCAGUAGAUCUUGCUUCCCCACCUCCUAUCCCACAGCAAGAGGGCACCAAUGCAAAUGCCGACGUCGGCAAAGCUAGCUACGGGAAUCCAGAAAUUAAUCCAGAAUCAAAUCUUCCAUUCCGGGCUACAUCAAUUCUCGCUCGCCCAGCGAAUGGGCAGAAAGACACCAAGUCACAUGGUAGUUUGUCGAAGAAGCCAAUCACAGGACCAGAGAUGCACAAUAGUAGCAAGCCUACCUUUAAGACUUCGCCAGAGAAACUAUUUCAGCCCCAGAUUCUCAAAAGACCACAAGCGAAUACAAUUAAGGCUUCUCCGCUUCUUGCGCCUUCCACUAUUGCUGCUUAUUCCCCAAACCUUGCCCCCGCUAAUGUUGCCGGUCCCUCGACGUCUCCGCUAUCCUUUACUUCUCAGGCUCUUCAGUCAACCGAACAAAAGCAUGCUCUUUUGUCACUGUUUGGAAAGUCACCCAUAGCGGCGUCCAGUCCAGUGGCUAGAACACCAUCGCAUGAUGGGCCUUCUUCUAAUACUUUGAUAGAUGCAACGAGCAGUGUUGCAUCCAGAUCUAGAGUUGAAAGUUUGGCAUCAGGAAAUGGUGAGGGUUCGUCACGACGUGGGAGUCAGACGCCAAUAUCCUCAGCCGACAAGGGAUUCUUAUUGAACUACUUGGAUGCUGUUGCUAGUAGGGGUUAUUGA